GCGGGGGCGGCCGGACCAGCGAUGCCGGCGGGCAUGACGAAGCAUGGCUCCCGCUCCACCAGCUCGCUGCCACCCGAACCCAUGGAGAUCGUGCGCAGCAAGGCGUGCUCGAGGCGCGUCCGCCUCAACGUCGGGGGGCUGGCGCACGAGGUGCUCUGGCGCACCCUGGACCGCCUGCCCCGCACACGGCUGGGCAAACUCCGAGACUGCAACACGCAUGACUCGCUGCUUGAGGUGUGCGACGACUACAGCCUCGACGACAAUGAGUACUUCUUCGACCGCCAUCCGGGCGCCUUCACCUCCAUCCUCAACUUCUACCGCACUGGGCGGCUGCACAUGAUGGAGGAAAUGUGCGCACUCAGCUUCAGCCAAGAGCUUGACUACUGGGGCAUCGAUGAAAUCUACCUGGAGUCCUGUUGCCAGGCCCGCUACCACCAGAAGAAGGAGCAGAUGAACGAGGAACUCAAGCGUGAGGCCGAGACCCUACGGGAGCGGGAGGGCGAGGAGUUUGAUAACACAUGCUGCGCAGAGAAGAGGAAAAAGCUCUGGGACCUACUGGAGAAGCCCAAUUCCUCCGUGGCUGCCAAGAUCCUUGCCAUCAUUUCCAUCAUGUUCAUCGUCCUCUCCACCAUUGCCCUGUCACUCAACACGUUGCCCGAGCUGCAGAGCCUUGACGAGUUUGGCCAGACCACAGACAACCCCCAGCUGGCCCACGUGGAGGCCGUGUGCAUUGCAUGGUUCACCAUGGAGUACCUGCUGCGGUUCCUUUCUUCACCCAAAAAAUGGAAGUUCUUCAAGGGCCCGCUCAACGCUAUUGACUUGUUGGCCAUCCUGCCAUACUAUGUCACCAUCUUCCUCACUGAAUCCAACAAGAGCGUGCUACAGUUUCAGAACGUCCGCCGCGUGGUCCAGAUCUUCCGCAUCAUGCGUAUUCUCCGCAUUCUGAAGCUUGCACGCCAUUCCACUGGCCUCCAGUCCUUGGGCUUCACCCUGCGGAGGAGCUACAACGAGCUAGGUUUGCUCAUCCUCUUCCUCGCUAUGGGCAUUAUGAUCUUCUCCAGCCUCGUCUUCUUUGCCGAGAAGGAUGAGGAUGACACAAAGUUCAAAAGCAUCCCAGCCUCUUUCUGGUGGGCCACCAUCACCAUGACAACUGUUGGGUAUGGAGACAUCUACCCCAAGACUCUCCUGGGAAAAAUUGUGGGGGGUCUCUGCUGCAUCGCAGGAGUCUUGGUGAUUGCUCUUCCCAUCCCCAUUAUUGUCAAUAACUUCUCUGAGUUCUACAAGGAGCAGAAGAGGCAGGAGAAAGCAAUCAAGCGGAGAGAGGCUCUGGAGAGAGCCAAGAGGAAUGGCAGCAUCGUAUCCAUGAACAUGAAGGAUGCAUUCCCCCGGAGCAUUGAGAUGAUGGACAUUGUGGUUGAGAAAAAUGGAGACAAUAUGGGUCAGAAAGAAAAAGUGCAAGAUAAUCACUUGUCUCCCAAUAAAUGGAAAUGGACAAAGAGGACACUGUCUGAAACCAGCUCAAGUAAGUCCUUUGAAACCAAGGAGCAGGGAUCCCCUGAGAAGGCCAGAUCAUCUUCUAGCCCUCAGCACCUGAAUGUUCAGCAGUUGGAAGACAUGUACAAUAAGAUGGCCAAGACCCAAUCUCAGCCCAUACUCAAUACGAAGGAGUCAGCAACACAGAGCAAACCAAAGGAAGAACUUGAAAUGGAGAGUAUCCCCAGCCCCGUGGCCCCUCUGCCCACUCGUACAGAGGGCGUUAUUGACAUGCGAAGCAUGUCGAGCAUUGAUAGCUUCAUUAGCUGUGCCACAGACUUCCCUGAAGCCACUAGAUUCUCUCAUAGCCCUUUGGCAUCACUCCCCAGCAAGGCUGGGGGCAGCAUGGCCCCUGAGGUAGGCUGGCGGGGAGCUCUGGGUGCCACUGGUGGUAGGUUUGUGGAGGCCAACCCCACCCCUGAUGUCAGCCAUCGCUCUGCUUUCUUCAUCGAGAGCCCCAAGAGUUCCAUGAAGACCACCAACCCCUUGAAGCUUCGAGCACUUAAAGUCAACUUCAUGGAGGGUGAUCCCAGUCCAUUAGUCCCCGUUCUGGGGAUGUACCAUGACCCUCUUAGGAACCGGGGGGGCGCUGCAGCAGCUGUUGCUGGACUGGAGUGUGCCACACUCUUGGACAGGCCUGUGCUGAGUCCAGAGUCCUCCAUCUACACCACAGCAAGUGCUAGGACCCCACCCCGGUCGCCCGAGAAACACACAGCAAUAGCAUUCAACUUCGAAGCAGGUGUCCACCAGUACAUUGACGCGGACACAGAUGAUGAGGGGCAAGUGCUCUACAGUGUGGACUCCAGCCCUCCCAAGAGCCUCCAUGGGAGCACCAGUCCCAAGUUCAGUGUUGGGAUGAGAUCAGAGAAGAACCACUUUGAAAGCUCCCCCUUACCCUCCUCCCCUAAGUUCUUAAGGCAGAACUGUAUUUACUCUACAGAAGCAUUGACUGGAAAAGCUCCCAGUGGUCAGGAAAAGUGCAAACUUGAGAACCACAUCUCCCCCGACGUCCGCGUGUUGCCGGGGGGAGGAGCCCAUGGAAGCACACAGGAUCAGAGCAUCUGAACCACCCCACAUGGAGGAGAGACUUGUGGCAAGGUCCAAAGAGGAGUGCUGUUCAGCUUACCUGCUGCAGAACUCUUACCUGCUGCAUGAACUCUGAAACAGAAAGGCUCUGCAAAGCCCCCAGAAAGAGAGACUCCAGAGAAAGCUCCCUUAAAAUCUUGAGAGCCGGAGAAGGUCCAUCAGAAUGAAGUUGGCCAAGCCAUAGGGUAUGGCGCCUCCUUGUAAUGAUUCCACUGCCCUCUUUGGAAGAUGACAAGAGCAGAACUCAUAGCCACCACUUCCACAUUCUAGACAUAACCAAGGCCACCUACUCCCCAUCCUUCUCUCGUGGCUCUCCAUCACAGCCUCUGAGGGCAGCAUCUCCAUCCCUCCUGGCUUCAGCUGGAGAAGCACGCUGGAACAAGUGGCUGGUGUUAAAAGAGUGGGUUGACCAAUCUGGUUUCGGGUGUUGCCUGGUCACCUCUAGGAACUUCUGUCCAUCACCUCCUGGAUGGAUCCCAUGGUUAGAAGGCUAAAGGGAAUUGCUCGUGACGUGGGGAAAGCUGCACUGUAAGCCACAGUCCCAGCACAAAACCCUUACUCAAAUGUCUUCAUUGACUUCAGUAUUCCGUAGUACCUGAGAUUUUAUUUUGAGAUAUCAUCAGGGUGAGUUGCACCACUUGUACUCAAUUCUAAUUGCCCCCCUGGCAAUCUGGGAAGGGUUCAGAACGCGGGCACUCAGCCAACAGUAUGAACUCUGAGUACUGCUUUAGGGUUGUAGAAUGAAAAUGCUUUCUGUACAUCGCUAGUGUAGACUCAAAAGAUAUGCCAGUGUCAAAUAUGCAACAGAAUAGCUUAUUCAAAGAGACUGUAUGUUACCGAAGAACAGAAUAAAAAUCUGAUUUUUUUAUCCUGAAAAAAAAAAUGAAAGAAAAAAAAUCCCCAAUUAAAAUGCCCAGUUCAGACUUUUGAACAUACUUCCUGCUGAGGCAGGGAAAGCAUUUACUAUAAUAGAAAUUCUUUUUUGUUUCCUGUGGUAUUCAAGUUUUUAAAAAGUCAAAAUAAAAAGCACUUUAUGUUUUUCAAAUAGGUUUCUACCAGGGACAGUGUCAACAUCUUGCACUUUAAAACAAGCACGAUUUCCCAUGGGCCAGUCACUGGGACUCUAGUUGGGUUUUCGCUACACGCGUGUGUCCAGCCACGGUGGGUGAUACUGUGCUGGUAUUGCUGUCUGCCAAGUCAAAGUCUGUGGGCUCCUUCCCUGCCCCCCUGAAGCUUCCCCUUAACCCUCUUGCAUCAGGAAGGGUACUUGGCCCUUGCGUGGGGCCUCCUAAAGUCACGUGUGCAGGAAACAUGAACAUCUCGGAAGAACGAAGUAGACAGUUGGGCACUGGGUGUUUUACUCUGUUCUCUUUCUUGUCAACCAGCUGUUGGUGUGUUUUCAGUGUCACUGUCUGUACUAAAAGCUCAGCUCUCCUUUCUGCAGCCAUCAAUGCAGCCAGUACAGACAAAAGCAAUAAGUAUUCAUGUGCAUUGUGAGCAGUUCUGGUCUAUUUCUUGGUGUUGGUCCUCCUGUCCUAGUUUGAUGACCUGGCAUCGGUCUGCCUGAUUUUAGUCCAAACAGCAUGGUGGUGUUGGCCAUUCCUCGGUUCAGUAACAUUGGGUGGAGCCACUGGUUAGCACAAUGCCAUGCUGUUGGCCAUCUGUCAGUAAAGAUGACACGUUAUUGAUCUGCUUGUGUUUAGUAUGUCGUUCUGUUAAUACAGUGUUGAUGAAUGAUGUCCCAAGUACAAUAGUGUAGCUCUGCCGGUCCUCAAUACAGUGCCAGGCAUACGUCGUCCUGAUGGAACAAAACGUGGGUUGCCUGUCCUUCAUAGAAUACGUUGUUGUUCUGCCUGUUAGUCCAAUGGCACAAUUCACCUGUCAGUACACAAACACCACGGAGUCGUUCUGCCUGCCUUCUGCACAGUGGCCUGAGGUUGGGCCACCUGUCACAGGUAUGAUGACAUGGGGUCAUUCCACUGCCCUUAAAAAUGCAUGUUCUCUGCUGCAUAUGUAACCCGGUUCAUAUUGCUUCUCAGCGUCUCCAAGGACUGUAGGUCCCUCCAAGAGGGUGCAGUCCUGUUUUUUGCUGCGAUAACAAAGUAUCUGGACUCUGAAAGUACCUUCAGAAUGCUCUCGCAGCAAAUGUACAGGGGUUUAAGGGGCAGGGAGUGUGAGGGCUUCCUGUGUCAGCGGCACACCGGAGAGAGGAGGCAGCAGGGCUCCCUGGGUGCUUGGCUGAGCACACAGAACGAGCUGGGGGCCUACGGGGGAAUGGCCGCGGCACAGUCCUCCCCGGGCCACCUCACGUGUCUCUGUUUCCAUUACCAUUUGCGUCCGCCAUCAGCACAAACGUGAAAAUUCAGGGAAAACAAACAAAUGCUUUUUGAUAAAAGUAAAUAGUUGUGAUUUCCGAUUCAGAUAUUUUUAGAGCUGAUGCUACCUGUAAACAUUAAUAAUAAUAAUACUAAUAAAUAAUAUAGUCUAUUUUACAUAUCAGGAAAGUGAACAUGUUUAAAUACAGCCAUAUCUAUAGCGAGAAGGAACUUACCACCCCUUCUUCAAAUCGAGGCAUUUCAUUUGCUGAUUGAAGCAGUCAAGAAGUGUACAGAUUGGAAAUGAUUUCUUUCUUUUUUUUAAAAACUAAUAACCAAUUGGUGCAACUCUCCUUGUAACCAAAGGCCCUUUCUGCCUUGUGUGGUCAUGCAGGACCUAGCCCUUUCCUCCUCGUGUAUUUUGUCUGAACUUACAGUAGCAUUUUACUGAGUCACUUUUGAAGGAUGAAUUCAGAAGUAUUAAGAACCUACCUUUUCAGGCUUCAUAGCCAGAGUCCUAUAGAGUUCUUAUAGAAACAGAAUAAUUGAAACUCAGCAUAUACUAUGCUUAGAAAGUACUGCGUUUUGUUUUGGGUUUUCCUUUUACUUGUGGAUGUAUUGUAGGAACAUAGCUUUUACCCUGUGCCGAUUCAAAAUAAGAGUAUUGUAAGUUUUCGCAGGCCCCCACCUGCCAAAAAGGAACAUACCCAGGUUUUUAAUAUGUGUACCCCCUACCUGUACCUGCACGUGCACUGGGAAAUCUACCUGAGAGUCUCCACUGAGAAGCUAACCCUGAUAGACAAGUGCUGACGGAGGAGAGAAAAGCAAUGGUUUGGAGGCAAAUAUUGCUUUAACUUGGUGGUCCAGGUCCCACCCAUUCCUGAACCAACGAAAGUGGAGGGGAAAAAAAAAAAGUCAACCCGAAGAAAUGAAUCUAGAGACUGGAGGCGGAUGGCUGCCUGGUCCUUUUGGCAAAUUCAGUAAAACUUGUCAAGAACCCCGCCAAACUCCCACCAUUAUCAGAAAGGGCUAGGGACCAGGUGGCUGCGUGUCCUGAUCACGUAGGGGACCGGCUACGACCAGCGGAGAGAGGUGGGCAAGCUCUGGGGGAAUCCGUUUAUUCACCUUUUUACCUUGGGGUAAAGAAAAACCACGGGACUUUGGUGCAGUAGAUUUCUCAGUGCCUUCUUUAGGAAUUUUUUCUUAAGCACACUUAACGGGGAAAGAAAAAAGAGGGAAGAACAUUUGUUCCCUGAUGGCCCUUUCUCUAAAAGCAUUGGGGAUCAAGAAGGAAGAAGAUGGCGGUGGGGAAACAGCAAAAUCCCGAGGAGGCCGCUUCCCUUCAGCCCACCUGGCUUGCCCGCUGAGAACUGCUGGCUAUACAGACUUUUUCACAGUGAUUCCCAACCUCUUCUCCACCACGUCUUAGUAACUGUAAGCCUCAUCCCUGCCCUUUCUCCUGGUAAGAUCCACGUUUCUACGGAUGGAAAAACAGAACCGUAUUCUCUUCUGUAAAACUGUGAUGUAUUGUUGAUGUUUGUAACUAUUGUAUAUUUCUGUCUUGCUCCAAGUCCUCGCUGGAGUGUGUAGUUCAUGGGCAGGGGGAAGUUUUUUAAAGCCAGGUUUCUCUCCCUCUCUCUCCCCUUUCCUCAUUUCUCUGCCAACUUGGUUCAAGUAACAUAACCCCAGACUUCAGCCUCCAGUCAAGUAACUUUGAAUCCAAUAAGAGCACUGCAAAAUGUCUCUAGGACAUGAUCCUUUGGGAAAGGACUUUGUCUACGGCUGUGGCUGCAAAGUUGGCAGGAGGAAAAAGGGGGCUCCUCUGACUCCCCCAGCAGGACAGUAGAGAGCCUCCAGCCCUGAGCUGAAACAUCCUCGCCUCCCACUGCUUAUAUGACAGCAAUCAAAUGCUUUCACUCCACCCGGGCAACCCAGACCAGCUCUGGCCACACCCAGAAAUAAGAGUUACCUCUGCAUUUUCUGUUGCCAUUUUUCUGGCUCUAGAAGUAUCUGAUGCGUGACUGACUACAUCAUAGGACAUCCAAGUAUCUCAAAGUAGUCUAUUUUUCUGUUCAGAUGAAAUAUAUAUAUAUAUAUAUAUGUAUGUAUUUUUAGCAAAUUUAUAAUAGGGCCAUUGAGUCUAAUUUCUUUUGUAAUACAGAAUAACAUCUUAGGAGUUUUAUUGUUGGUCAUUAUCGCAGCUGAUAUCUUCUGGUCUUUUUCACUUCCUCCCAUUGCCCCUUGGGCUGUUUUUUUUUUUUUUUUUUUUUUUCUUCCUUUUGAUUCUGAUUUUCCAGAGGUGGGGAAAGACUUUGGGGUCUGACUUCCUCAGGCAGGCAUUUCCUGACACAAGGCCUAGAAUCUGUUGACCUGUUACUUUACUCAUUCUGUCUGUUCUAUUUAUUGUUCUUAAGAAUCCAGAGCACAGAUGCAGGAGUGAGAUCAGGGGGAGCAGGGAUACAGAUGGCCCUCAAAAUCAGGAUGGGAUGUGGGCUGGUUUAGCUCAUCCCCCACACCCUUCUUGGAAUCUCAAGGGGCUGAGUUUUCUCAUUCCCAGAGAUCUUGGAAUCUAAAAUCUCAUGCAAGAAAAACUCCCUCUGGCAUUUCUGAAAUUCAGAACGACCCCUCCUGGCUGCCUGUCUCCACGUCCUGUGCCCUAGUCCCCUGGAACAUCAAUUGGAUCUGAAGGUCAGAGCACUUCCAGGUUCUUGUAAAACUCAGAGAAAAUUAUCAGUUCUUCAUUUCAAUCCAUUUCCAACAGCCUCACUAAAAACCAGUGGCCAGACAAGCUUGCAGCCAAAUCCUGAGAAGAUGUGUCCCCAAAAUCUGCCGUCUCAUCUCCCCUUCCCUUUCCAGCUGCCUGGCUCCAUAGAACCAGAGAUUCGUGGUGAGGACAGUCGUAUUUUUCCAGCUUCCACCUAUCCAGGCCUUGGAGAGUGUCUGGAUUGUCCUGAUAUUUAAUUCCCCACUGGACAGGUUCCAGGCCUCAGAUGGGCAGAGGAUGUCUCGUGAAGUAAGAUCUUCCACAGAAAGAGAUUCUCCAUCCAUCAGCUCAUGCAGGAAGAUGAAGAAAGCCCAGAUAAUCUCUAACUUGCAUCUGUCCAUUUUCAUAUCCCACCUGCCUCGCCGUCAGCUUCAGGGCUCUGGCCUCUGCCCUGGUCAGAGAUCUGAGCCAAAUGAGGACCCCCAGAUGGCGGUGAGCCACCCCCACUGGGUUUGCCAGGUUUGAUGCCCAGAGAAGCAAACACCCUUGCCUGUGGCCGCUUUCAUCUAGAAAGAGGUCACAGAGUUUGAGUUUCCAUCCACUGUCCCUGAUACUGUCUUCAUCAAGAAUUUCUCCUGAACUUUCCAAAAUGCCACCUUGAAGAAAGGAAUUUGGAAGGGGCUCUGUUAAUUGGGUGGCCCCUCGUCUUCACUGCUAACUCUUAACUCUCCAUUCAUCCCUACAAAGAUCCUGGAAAGAUCUGAAGGCUGGCAGGGAUGAAGUGCAGUGGGGCAGUUCACCUAAAGAAGAGACCACCCGCACACAGGCUGGCUGCACGCAAGUCUCUGAGAGGCUCUCCUGCAUGAAAGGGACGGGGUGGUCAGUUUGACUCAAAUUAAGGAAGCACUUCUAAUAGGAGGCUACCUAACCAUGGACCUUGAUGCGUGUCGGGUAAUGAGCUCCCCGACACCACAGGUGUUUAAAGAGAGGCUAGUUGAUGUGCAGAAUGGAUGUUGCUGAGGGACCCUAGCACUGCAUGCCAACUGGGCUGAACACCUGGGGAAGCUCUUCUCUACCACCGCACACCCCACCCCUUUGGUACAUGUGUGCGCGCGUGUACAUGGUUUGAACAUCUGAGCACAGGCUCAAGCCACUGGGGCAAAUGUGGGGAGCACAGUUAGCAGAAAUUCAAAUUCUAGCUUUCUGAGGGGGUGUCAGGAAGGGAAGGGGCAGCAGGAUCCUCUCUCUGAUCUUCUCUGCUCCCCAUCCUGGACAAUUUUAACGACCCCGUCUGUCGCCUAUCCAACUCAUCCCCAGUGUCCUAACAGGGACCACGCUGUGUGGGAUGCAGCUCAUCCCCCCUUCCCCCAGGCCAGCCAAGGAGCAACCCCCAUCUCUAGCCGGCCUUCUCACGGUGCUUCAGCCCUUCUGCCCAGACCCUGUGCCCUCGUAGGCCUCAGGCUUUCUGUACAAGAGACAAUUAUCUUUUACCCACUCGCCAGCUGCCUAAUGAACAAACUGGCCAGGCAAUAGCAAAUGGCAAAAAUCCCCAAAGGGCUUUUUUUUUCUGGCCAAUAAAACAGGAAAUCCCAUUCAAGAUCCUUGAAAAGUCCCCACCCAGUGAAGUAAGUCCAGAAGGGCCAAAAGAGAGAGACGGCGGUAAUCCAGUUUUACGGCAAAACCAGGCAUCGGCUCCCUCUGGAUAGAGUGCCCACUCGCCCACAUCCGUAGCCCCUUCCCACGUGAGUCUGGACACUGCAUUCCUCCAAAGAGAGCAUUUGACAAAAGAGAUUUUAAAGUUCCGCCUACUUGUGUAUGGUGGCUUGGAGGAGGCGGGGCUUCAUCCUCGAGUGACCCUGAGUCCAGGCAGUCUCAGGUUGCUUCAUUAUAGGAUGAGGCAGGGCAAAGGGUUUGGAUGGAUAGUCUGAGCAACUGUCUCCCUCUCAAACCAAAAUGGAACAAAAAUCCAGUUUCCAAGAUCCCUCUCUGAGGCUCUGACCUCCAAGAAUAACUCGAGUUAGUGGCUGCGAAGACCUGACAACUCUGGAAAAUGGAGAAAACUUCCAAUUCUGUCCCAUUAGGAUGCUCUCAAGGGUCAUGCAUGGAUCCCCGCAUACUUCCCGCCUCCCUAAGCUAAUCCAGGUUUGGAAAACAAGGAGGGAAGCACAGGAGAAGAUGGGGUUUGGACUUCACAGGAUGGCUCAGGCCCCCUGGUCCUCACGAGGGCUUUGGGGUCUCUCUCAGAUAAGCCUGACAUCUGAGCUCAGGGCACCUGGGGGUGGGGCGGAGAAUGACCCGCAGCUGCUGGGCUGGGCCGCUGGCCCCUUUGCUUUCCAGGCCUGUCCUGGCUUUAAUCCAAGAUCAAGGAACUCAGGGUCAUCUCCCAAAUUAAUGACUUUGGCACAUAGUGGUCACCCAACCUGUGUUGGGUUUGUUUGGUUUUUUUGUUUUGUUUUUUUUUUUUUGAGUGAAUGUGUAAAUGAUUGACUUCUGAAUGGAUGAGUGAAUGUGUGAGUGGAUAGAGAAUUCAUUCAUUCUCACCUGCUUGAUGUAUUGCUAACUGGGAAGGAAGGAGAAAUGGGAAGCCCCUCCCAUUGAAGCCUGUAAGCCUCACCAAUGCCAUCUGUUCUUUGACUCAA